GCAUAUGAUAACACAGGGUUCGUAUCAUGCCCUUUUAUGUCACAUUCAAAUAUAAAAAGGUAUCGCAUUCUUCCUUGACAUUCACACAACUGGCGUCGGACACAGAAAAUAAACAGGAAACAUGAAGAUUGCCAUCCUUUUACUUGCUGUGUUGCCAUUUGUACUGAGUGCAAAGAUUGACGACAAACGUUUUAUUGAGUCCUUGCUAGGCGGAUAUGACAUUUUGCAACUUGCUGAGCAAGUUCUUGGUCAGUUUGGAUGUGACGAGACCGAAGCUCAGUGUGAAAGCACAAUGUGCCCGAGUGUUCUCAACAAAAUAGACGGCCACAAUACUUUCAUCACUAAUUUAGUUUGUGUCGCCGUUUGCAAAGAGGCUCAAGUGCUAUCAAAACAAUUUGCACAUGGUCCAGUAAAUGGAGUUGACCCAUGCACCGGUGGAAUUUCUGGACGUUAAAUACAUAUAUCGAAUUAAAAUAAUUGUUUACAUUAUUUGUAAACGUCUGAUAUUAAAGAUGCUUAAAAAUUUC